GUGAUUUGUUUAAUUCUAAAUCUGCUUUCGAGGCACUGGCUAUGCCUAGCUGCUAAUAUAGUUAAGUGAAAUCCAGCGCACAUCGUUGCUUCCUGAUUCUGCAUAUACAAGACAGCUGCAGCUGGAUUAGACUAUGGAGCAAUCGCUGAAUUCAGAGAAAUCGCAACUGAUUAACGAGAGAACCAGACAAAUGUACUCCUUAAAACUCAAAAGUGAAUUUUCUGGUUCCAAAGAAAGGAACACUGGCCAGGUGUUUGGAAAUGGGGACACUGCUGUGGCCAUUGAGUUAAAGAGGCCAGUUGAAGGCCACUGCCACAAAAACAAAACCUGCUGGGAAGAGAAUUACGAUAAGAUGAAGGCUAAAAAGAAGCUGUACAUUGCCUCUAUAGUCUGCCUGGUCUUCAUGGUUGGAGAAGUCAUUGGUGGUUACCUUGCCCACAGCUUAGCUAUCAUGACAGAUGCUGCCCAUCUGCUCACUGACUUCUGCAGCAUGAUGGUAAGUCUUUUCUCCCUGUGGCUCUCCUCCAGACCUCCCACCAAGACCAUGAACUUUGGUUGGCACAGAUCAGAGAUUUUAGGAGCACUAAUAUCUGCAAUAUCAAUCUGGAUAGUUACUGGAGUGUUGGUGUACCUUGCUAUUGAGAGAAUUGUAAAAAAUGAUUAUGACAUUCAGGGACAAGUAAUGCUGCUUACAUCAGGAUGUGCUGUUGUGGUUAACAUCAUAAUGGCAUACAUACUUCACUAUCCCACCACUCGUCAUGGGCAGGACUCGGACUAUCACAAAAUCGACGAAAAUGGAAAAAGCUCUGUGGGCCAUGGCCAUUCCCAUAGCUUUCUUUGUAGCCAUGGAAACACCAGCAUCAGGGCGGCCUUUAUUCAUGUUUUGGGUGACCUUUUACAAAGUCUUGGGGUAAUGGUUGCUGCUAUCAUCAUCUACAUAUGGCCUGAAUAUAAAGUAGCUGAUCCAAUUUGCACCUUCCUGUUCUCCCUGUUUGUCUUGGGGACUACCAUCACCAUCCUCAGAGAUGUUUUCUGUAUUCUCAUGGAGGGUACACCCAAAGAGAUUAAAUUUAACUCUGUGAAGGAUGUACUACUCUCAGUGAAAUCUGUAAAGGCCAUGCAUAGUCUGCAUUUGUGGUCCCUGACUGUUGGACGUACCCUGGUUUCUGUACAUGUGGCUGUUGAGGAAAAUGCGGAGCCGCAGAGUGUACUAAAGGAAGCAACAGAUCUCCUGCAGACCAAGUUUGGCUUCUACAGCACCACCGUUCAAAUAGAGCCCUACUCUGAAGACAUGGCCUACUGUACCCUGUGCCAAGACCCCAAGGACUAAAACCAAGUUUGCAAAGCUGACCUGGAAGCAACUUGUCCAAAGUAUCUGUGAACAUUUCUUGGUUUUGUCGCAAGUCCAUAUCUGAAAUCAUCGCAGAUUCAAUCAUGAUGCUUUUCCACAUACUGUUUGUGCCCUUUGUCUUACCAGCAUAGAUAUAUAUAUAUAUAUAUACACAUGCAGAUGUGUUAGAUUUCACUUUUAUAUAUGCUGUGAAGUCUUCUUAAGUUUUCUAAAUUCUGGAUUGGUAAAAUAUGCAUUGUGUGAUAGAGAGAUCAAUUUGUGAGUCUACCAUCUUAAAAGAGCAAAAAGAUUCUAUUAGUUUUUUUAAUGUUAUGCACAAUUUUGUGAGUGGCAACACUGUAGUAAAGCUGCUUAUUUAACACACAAAAUAUAAUUGAACAGUUUAACUUGCAUAUACUUUGCUGAACUUGUGAUCUGAUAAAUGCUAUUCAGUUUCAGAAGCAAAAACAUUCAGAAGCAAAUCUAGGAAACAACAAGCACCAGGACUAAAAAGGAAAUUACAUGUCUCAAAUUCUUACCUCUUGGCUGGUUUUAAUGAAAAUGUUGUGGUGUGCAUGGUAAAAAAUGUAGCAAUGUGCCCAUGUGCCAAUUCCCCAUUAUGACAAAGCAUGCUUGCAUGGGUGUUUUUUGUUUUUACUGAGAAACCUUUGAAGGUUUUUUCAGUUACAAGAUUAUUUAAUUAAUGGAUUUCAUUAUACUUUUGUAAUCAUAUUAGUGUCUUGUUGUUGUAAUAUGACUAAAACAAAGCCAUGUUAAAUAACUGAUUAAAUCAAAGAUGUACCAA